AGAGGCAGAUAUCAAUCAUCGUAUUGCGUGCACUUCCUAGCUUGUAGCACUAGCCAACCUCGGGAAGUCCUGCUCUUUGCUCUCUCUUAUCCUAGGAAUUGGAAUUCCUAAGAAGAUAAGCACCUGUCAUUUGAUUUGAAACAGAAAAAAUCUCUCUGUAAGGUGAAACCCACCAAACAGAGAAACAAUGGCUGCCAUGAACCACCACCAUUCAUCUCCAUUGUUGCUGAAAAACCCUCCUUAUUCUCAAACUUCUCUCUUCAAUCCUUCCUUUCCCAUUCAAUUCCAUAAAUACCCACUUCGAAUUUCUUCUGAAUUAGCCCCUAAAGCUCGAAUUAUCGCCCGCCGCAAGGAGACUGUUCCUGUUCACCAGCUUCAACGCCCUCUUUUGGAGUAUAUGAGCUUGCCGGCAAGUCAAUACUCAGUGUUGGAUGCAGAGAGGAUAGAGAGAGUAGAUGAUAGUACAUUUAGGUGCUAUGUCUACAGGUUUAAAUUCUUUUCUUUCGAGGUUUGCCCGGUUUUGCUUGUUCGUGUCGAAGAAGAGCCUAAUGGAUGUUGUAUUAAGCUCUUAUCCUGCAAGUUGGAGGGAUCACCGAUCGUGGUUGCGCAGAACGACAAAUUUGAGGCUUCCAUGGUGAAUCGUAUAUCUUGUGGUGUGGAGCAAAGCAACUCAGAAAUACAGCAGCUCACUUCUGAUGCAGUCAUUGAGGUGAGCAUUGAUGUACCUUUUCCAUUUCGAGCAAUUCCAGUACAGAUGAUUGAAUCAAAUGGAGCACGAGUACUUGAACAAAUACUUGUGAUUAUGCUUCCUCGAUUUAUGGCACAGCUUGUUAAGGACUAUCAAGCAUGGGCUUCAGGGGAUACCUCAAGGCAACCUCUUGGAACUGGUCAAAUUUAACUCUGGAAGUCAUAAUACUCUUGUUCAUCCAACUCCUACCCAGUGGAAUACGAUCUUUUUCUAAUGUCUGAUAACUUCUUCUAGACAAUGGAGGAAGAACAUAAAGAUGUCGGGAAAUUGCGUGGAGUAUAGUUUUAGUAAAAAUUAGUAAUAACAAAUUAAGAGUUAAAUCUCGUACACGUGUAUAUUGUUGAAAGUGUCAGAACUCUGGAGUAAAAGCCCUGUUAUGUUGUAUUUAUUCUAAUGAUACACUAUAACAGUCAUUUUGCUUUGGCAUUCAAGAGACAAUGUAGGUGGGCAUGAUAAAUUGUUGUUGAUUUAGUGAUUUGAGAUGAAAUUCGCAUUCUAUUACCUGGAA